AUGGGCGGGCAGUUUACACCUUUCGACCCCUUAAGAUGCCCUCACUACGCCCAAUUUGCAUCCGGUCUUGAUAGAAUCCAUUUCGACGGUAUCUACUGGGCGCUAUUUUUUCUGGUAAUCGUUAUCCUGUUUGCUGCGUCAUGGGUUUAUCAAUCGACGAUGAUGUAUCGAGAAAAACCCGGGUUCUGCGAGCAUGAAUUUCGACGGAGAGUUAAAAUAGGCCUUGCUUGGUCUACGCUACUAUUCUUAAUAGCAGCCGUCUUCUUAGUGGUCGAAGUGUUCGCGCUUCUAGCACUACAAUUCUGCGAUGGCGAAGACCUCAUGGCUCUAUACUGGUCCACAUGGACAAUGUUACAACUAGGCUCUGAGAUUGCCAUUCUUGGUGUUGUACUGGCGCUGUGGCAUCAUCUCAGCGACAUCCAACUUCCGCUUUGGGCUCUCGCGCUAGGCACCCCUGUCCUAGUCGUCGCGGGAUUCGGACACGUUAUUCAAAUUGCGUGCCGGAUGUUCUACAGGCGCGCGCGGGCUCGCACACGGGCUCGAAGGGGCAUUGACGAUGCUGAGGCGGGUGAGACGGACAGGGAGCGGGAAGACAACGACUCUUUUUGUUCAAGCACUAAACCAGAACACGAGCACAACAGCCUCCGGGAAAACGAACUGUCCAUGUACUUCGCGAUGGACGUAGGCGACGAUGAACGCGUAAGGAAGUGGCCGUGUUUUAUUGGGUUGUCAAAUGGCAAGUCAAUUAUCCGCCUAUCUACGUACUCGGGGAAUUUGCCGAAUUCACCUUGA